CCGUGAUGCCCCGCGCCCAGCCGCCGCGGUUGCUAGGUAACGCGCGGUCUCCCAGCCACCCAGCCACUGUCCGCUCGGCUUGCGGCUGAGCAAUGGGGCCGCGGGCCCUUCCGCGGCUCCUGCUCGUUCUCCUAGACUGCUGGGCCUCCGUGAGCGCCCAGGCCGGGACCACCCCGGUGGUAACGACGGAGGGCCUCAACUCCACCAAACCGGUCCCGACGACUCUCCGAUCUGUAAUAUCUUCUAAGCCCCCUGAGAUCCCCAGGGCUUCCAGGCCCUUCUCCGGCCCCAGACCCGCCCCGGUCACAGACGUUGCUGCUCUGUGUGUCUGUGACUUGUCUCCAGCACAGUGUGACGUCAACUGCUGUUGUGAUCCUGAUUGCGGCUCCGUGGAUUUCAGUGUCUUUUCUGCCUGCUCAAUUCCAGUUGUCACGGGUGAUAGUCACUUUUGUAGUCAAAAAGCAGCUGUCUAUUCAUUGAAUUUUACAGCAGACCCACCUCAGAGAGUAUUUAAACUUGUCGACCAGAUCAACCCAUCUAUUUUCUGUGUUCAUAUUACAAACUAUAAACCUGCAUUAUCCUUUAUUAAUCCAGAAGUGACUGAUGAAAGCAGUUUUGAUAAAUUGAUGAAAGCGCCUGAUGGUUUUUCACUGAAUGCAGAAUCAGAUGUUUCAACCAGACUGGAUGCUCCCCAAACUGCAAAAUAUGAGUAUGGGGUUCAUCUGCAGACUUCAGAUUCAUUUUUGAGAUUUCCUUCUCCCCUUACAUCAUCUCUGUGCACUGAUAAUAACCCUGCAGCAUUUCUGGUUAACCAAGCUGUUAAGUGCACCAGGAGGAUAAAUUUGGAACAUUGUGAAGAAAUGGAAACCCUGAGCAUGACUUAUUACAGCAGCCCUAAAAUUUUGAGGGUGCCUGGUUCAGGAAUAGAGGUCCCUAUCACGGUUCAGUCCAUCGUCAUUCGGUCUCUAAAUAAAACACUAACCCGACUGGAAGACACGGAAAUACUGAGGGUAUCAAAGCAGGGUGUUGUUGAGGCGGGGCAUAUUAAAAUCUGCACUAACGUCGUUCUUGAGGUGAUGUACAGCCUCACAUAUACAGAUGCAGGUGAGGUAAUAAAAGCUGAUCUCUUUCUUCUUCUGGGAGCAGUGAGCAGUGCAAUGGUUCCACUCCAGCAAAAGUUUGAAAUUUAUUUUAUUCAGCAAAACGCAAAGCCAGUUCCUCUCAGUGGAAACCCUGGUUAUGUGGUGGGGCUCCCGUUAGUUGCUGGAUUCCAGCCGCAGAAGGGGUCUGGGAUCAUUCAGACCACAAACAGAUAUGGACAACUUACUCUUCUUCGUAGUACAACUGAGCAAGACUGCUUAGCAGUAGAGGGGACCCGCGCCCCAGUAUUAUUUGGUUACAACAUGCAGUCUGGCUGUAAACUCAGACUGACCAAAGCUCUCACAUGUCGGCUGGUGGCACAGAAGAUGAAGAGCCUGCUAAAGGGUCAGGGCUUCCCAGACUAUGUGGCCCCUUUUGGAAAUUCCCAGGCCCAGGAUGUGCUGGACUGGGUGCCCGUCUAUUUCAUCACCCAGACGUCCCAUGUGAAGGAUUCCUGCCAGCUCCCAGUGGCUUUGACGGUAGAAGUGAAGUGGACUAAAUACGGAUCUUUAUUGAACCCACAGGCCAAAAUAGUCAAUGUAACUGCAAAGCUAAUUUCAUCUUCCUUUCCUGAGACCAACUCAGGAAAUGAAAGGACAAUUCUUAUUUCCACUGCGGUUACUUUUGUGGAUGUGUCUGCACCUGCAGAGGCAGGCUUCAGAGCUCAGCCAACCAUCAACGCCAGGCUGCCCUUUAAUUUCUUCUUCCCAUUUGUUUGAUGUAAGUCAUUAAAUAAGGAAACUAUACCGUAUCUGCAAAAUUCAGCACGUGUGGGGCCCACAGUCCCUCGGAGACAUUCCACUUUAUUAUAACCCUUGAGAUUGCCCCCAGACCAGCACACUUCCUCUCCACUCACUUCCCUCCUCUUGUCUCCCUUCUGGAAUGUCAUUCUACUUGGUCUGACAUUAGAAGGGGGCAUCGUCUGGUCUUAGCCAGUUCCAGUACCCUCAACACAUAGGUCAUAUGUGGAAACCCAAGUUGCACCUUUGAGAAGACACGAGGACAGGCCUUCAAGUAGUGCAGGCGUUGAGGGUUUAUCCAGUUUAUUAAUCCCCUGCUUUAAAUGUGAGUUAUUUUUAAAAUAUUAUUUUUAGUUCGGAUUUUCCUCCUUUUCAGGUCCUGCUGAAAUGAGUACAAAAAUAGCAAAUUGUUUAAAAUCAUGCGAGUAGAGGACAAGGCCUCACAAGGGGAUCUUCCCCCAAAUGUCAUGUUAAUUACAGUGGAGUCUUGGCUCUAAUUGCCACUUCUGUGCCAGGCACCGGAGCUAGCUUGCUCUCCAGUUAGUGGGCUGGUCUGGGAUGCCACCAAGUGAUUCCAAGCAGUUGAAGCUGGAAAGGAUCUAGUAGGAGGGCCCUAGGGAAGGAGAGAGUUUAUUUUAUACAUUAAUUGUACAGUAACUGAGGAAAAUGUUGUCAGGUGGCAGAACUAGGUGGAGCCAGCUAAAAGCUGGAGGAUGCAGAGGAGGGGGCUGGGUACUCGAGAAUGGCCUCCUUGGGGGAAACUGUGGUUAGCUAUUUAGAACAGCUUGGACAUGUAAAAGACUUCUAGAAUGUGCUGAUAGCUAAGAUAGCUUUCUUUUUUGUUUUUCAGAGUGCUCAUAUGAAAGGAUGUACUGAUCCCUCAAUAUACAUGUGAAAAGUGAAAACUGUACAUUUGAUGAGAUUAAAUUUUAUAUAUGGCUA